AUGAAAUUAUCACAAAUUUUAAAUAGACAACACAUAGAUUUUAUGUUCAAGAAACAUUGGGCAGUACAAGGUAAACGAUUUCCUAUCGACACCGGUCUGGAACAUUUACUUAAAGAAAAAGGUAUUCCCGUCGAAGAUGCACUUGAGUUUGUGAAGGUUCAUGAGAGGAAACCAUUAUCAAAGGAGAGAAUCAAUAUUGUAGGUGCAUAUGAAACUCCACUGCCACUGGAUGAAAAUAAUCCAGACUACAAAAGUAGACCUUGUCUGACACUUACAAAUACAAAUGUGUUACUGGAAGGUAUUUCACAAGCGCAGGUUUUAACAAAAACUGUGAUAGCUGAAGACAAACUACCAAACAAAAUUGAAGAACUGGCUGAAAUUUCCAUUCCAAAAUUGGUUCAUGAGGGUGUGAAGAAAGCUAUUCUAUCAGCUAAUGUGUUUGAUUGUGAACAAAAGAAAUUGCCUAAAGUCAAAGACCCUGCUAGACCAGCAUACAACUUUCCUAGGAUUUUAGGCAUAUCAGAUAGGAGACGCAAUGAAAUAAUUACUAACAAAUUGUUACAACUUGUGGAAAAAUCUAGUGAUUUUGAACUAUCCCAAACUAGAUAUGUUUUAAAUGAUGUGGAAUGCAAAACAGUUUUUGAUAAAGAAGAUGAUCUGAUACAAUUUCAAGAUAUGUCCCAUAUAUUGGUUACUAGCAACAAGCCUUUGACCCAUGAACUACCAGAAAGAGACAUACCAUUUGUGAAAAUACCAGACCUCUAUCCCGUGAAAUACUCUGUCACUCUCCCACCUCAACAUUUUUAUGAUGAGAAAAGCAUAUAUCCAAUCCAACCAAGCAUAACAAACAAACAUCCACAUACGACAUGGUUACACUUUAAUAGAACUGAAGUCAGCAAUAUCUACGAGACUCCUGUUACUGACGCACAAAUUCAUGGACGCAGCCUCACCCACGCGUUUACGGUUGCGACAGCAUAUGCAAAACAAUUGCAUGGGGAAGAAGUUCAAGACCUGCCAGAACCAAUAUAUGUGAACUGUAUACAAACAGAUGGACAGAAAUACCAUUUUGGUGUUUUUGAAUUGAACACAUUGAAUGUGGAUGGUGUUGAAGGUACAAAGAAUGUGUGGUAUUGCAAAAAUGACGUGAAACUGUAUGAUCGAAGCUGUUACUUCAAUGGCAUGCCAGUCUUAGAAAACUAUAACCCGAAAGUUUUUGGAUACAUCAACGCUUUUUACCAUUGUUAG